GCAUACCGCAGAUUCGCAAAUACACACACGCACACACAUAAAGGCUUAUCCAUACGCACCCGCAGCCCUGCGGAGCUAUGCGUCCGCGGUGCUCAUUACCGUUUUACCACCUCGAUCAGUCUUUGGGCCUGUAUUGAUUAUCGCCACAUGCAUAGGUUUUGAAUCAUUUUUCAUCUUUCUGAUAUGCAAAUGAUGAUCCUCAGAGUCGCUGUUGUCCGGAGCUGAGAGGGCGACAGAGAGAGAGGGAGAUGAGAGGACGCGCAGCAUCCGAUGUUUAGCAGAUUCACGCUCGAUUAUCGCCAUCGUCUCUGCUCUGCGCCUUUUUGCUGUUUUCUGUCCCUCCAUCAGCCGGACGCGUUACAUCUUUCGACUCUCGAUGCUGUAAUCCGGGGGAAUAUGUGAAGAUCAUGCUGGCGGUGUGGUGCUUCAUGGUCUUUGCUGCAGUGGGCGAGAGGUUUGCAGUCUCAGGUAAGAGCGAGAGAGAGGAGAGAGAGGGGGAUUUGGAUAGAGAGCGGGAGCACCCCUUCUGUUUUUCUGUGCAUCCACAUUUUUUCCCCUUGCACCAGCACUUUUGUAACCCCGGUGCAGGCUGUGAUUUUAUUGUAGCGGGAUCUCGGUGCCAACCAGCCCACUGGCCUGACAGCCCUCUCUGCUGCGGUAUAUUUGCUGCAUCAACACAUUUCCAUCGCAGCCCUACAGGCAAUAUCCAGAGUACCCUGAACCAUUUCAAGCGUCGUUUUAUCCAGUUAACAUCCAAAAGCACCAUGAUCUAACGUGUCAGUCACCAAGACGAUUUCAGCUUAAUUAAUGAUUGCUGGGAUUUUAAGAUGCUCAGGCCCUGAUUAUAGGGGCAUCAGUCAACCACACUACCCAGCCUACAAGCUCUACAGCCAUUGAAUUCCACCAAAACCUCAAUGAACAGUCAUGUUGGUAACAUUUCUAAAAACAGAUCAAAGUAUUAGAAAAUGUGACUAGAUAGCUUGAUAAAUUAGGUCACAGUCUGUCAGUGUCUAUAGAAAACACCCACCCCAUGCUGUCACUGAGAACAACCUCUGCCAUUUACUUUACCUCCACAUCACAUCCAGGUGCGAGUUAAUCCGACACAGGUGUUUCCUUACCUUGCAAAGUUCUCUGCACACCUACAGGCUUUGGGUCAGAGUAUCUGUUGUGCUGUUUACAGGUUUGAACAGGAGUCCGAUGCAGGAUGGCACAGGGCUGUGGGACUGGUUUACCCCGGCGGGGUGGUUGGACAGUGGGGACACUGCAACUGAGAUCAUCUACCCGAAGCGACUGGUGCAGCAGAUCGAGUCAGAGGAGGAGAUGGCUCAUGAACACCUGGAUACCAGGGUGAAAAACAGCACAGGGGAAAAUUUGGUAUGUGGUGCAGAAAUUACAACUCUCUAAGACAAAAGAUCCCUGGAUAUGUUUGUUUUCCCCUUGAAUCACUCUGCACUUAUUGUCAGCCCAGUUUGGGGUGCAGAAACAUACAAACGUGCCUAAAAAGUUAUUAGCAUUUCCCCAGCAGAACAAGUGAUCGUCACAGUGCCCAGCAUAAGUCAGUAUACCCCCUAUUAAAAGUAAUGUAUUGCUCAAUAUCUAGAUGAGCCAAAGUACAAUUUUCAAAGUUUUGACAAAGCUGAGUUUAACAUAACAUUUUAUUUACCGUAAGAUGAAAAUAAGGGUGGUAUGGUGACUAAAAUUUAGCUUUGCCCCCAUAACUUUGAUUGGCAUGUACUCAUUUUUGCAUCCUGAAUGUACAUUGAAAAAAAAACCUUUUCUGUAUGCAAGUUAAAAAAUCUUGUUUGCAAUCAAUGGCCUACAUUUCGGGGAAUAUUUUGUUGUAUUGUCUGACAUCGAAAAUCUUGAUUUUGAAAGGAAACCAAAGGUUUUCUAACAACUCCAAAGGGGUGCAAACAUUUAUGCUGAGCACUGUAAUUCUCACUGACAUUUGCUCAAAAUAUCCCAGUCUAAGGAGUUAUUGUUAAAUCAGACUAUUAUCUCACAUAUUACAGACAAGGGAAGUUCAUUUAUAAAGCAACUUUCAGCAACAAGGCGAUUCAAAAUCCUUAACACACAACCUUAAAAGAAUCAUAACAGAGGCGAGCAAAACAGAUUAAAGAAAUCACUUGGAAACCAUCAAUAGUGACAUUUAAGAUCAUUGAUACAAGAAUGAAAAAUCAGAGGCAGAAAAAAUAGAAUGAAGUUGAAUGAAACAGGCAGAAGAGUUAUCGUGAAACGGUGGUGUUCAGUGUCCUCGAGGAGGUUCAGGAAUCCUUUGGAAAAUUUGACGUCUAUUUUCGGCUCGAAUCUUCACUUAAGACGAUUCACCACUGGUGUCACUUCAAGUCUGUGUGGGCAUAUGAGCGCGUGACAGCAGCAUCAGACUGUUUUUCUGCUGAUUUUUCUAACCCUGCACCUGUGCAUCACUCGACUCUCUGCUACUCACGAUUGCUCCUGCUACACAGUGAUGACAGUGCAGGGUCUUUGCAGCAGUCUCCACUCCCUGCUGUGAUUUUGACCCAGUUAGUCAUUCAAAAUCCCCUCGAAAUGUCCACAAAGGAGUAUUUGUCGGUGCUUUUGUUUUCCAGCCUCUUACUCUACUCCCUAACUCGAGUUGAGUAACACCUGGCAACAAGUUUUGGAGCUAAAACCUUGUGACCUGCUUCGUGUGCUACAAGAGCAUUGUAGUGAAAGCUUUGUUUGUCAGAGAGAUGUUCAAGUGUUUGCGUGUGCGUGUAUGUGCUGGCCCUUUUAUCCACAUGACAAAGCUAGGCCCUCUGAAAUAUUCAGUCAUCAUGUCCCAUCAUCCGGCUGCAGUGAUGAACCCCCCCACUUCUUCAUUAUUCAGAGAUGUGUUGAAGUGUGUCCCCAUCAAUUAUGAAAGAGGCCUGUGUUAGAAGUGCUGCAUGGUCCAAGAGGCUGAGCAGUCCUCAUCCCUGCCCCCCAGCCCUUUUUUCUCUCUGUCAUGUUAUUAUGAUGUAUUCCACAUAACAGAGAGAGCACAUUAAGCCACUUACACACACUGAGUCACUUGUUUGAAGACUACAGCCUGGGUAAUUGUUCAUGCCUCUUGAAGAGAAGCUUUCCUAAUUAUGAUGAAUACAAAUAAAAAUCACAUAAUUCAGUACACAGGUAGAUCUGGUUUUGAUAUUUACUCUUUCAGCUGCCAAACUCAUCCAGACCAGCUGUGUCUUGUUUGAAAUAUUUAAGAUGUGAAAACCAAUAGACAUCAUAAAUUUAGAAGCAUCAGGAAAUGAUUUGAACCUUUUCUUUCUUUUCCGUCACAUCGAGCUGCCUUGAAAGAAGGUGAUGCAGCACUUUUGCCUCAUUGAGUUUGUUAUUUUGUUUCUUUGGUGUCCUCAUUUUGUUGUGUUCAGCUGGCACUGACAGACAGACAGACUGCUAGAUGAAAAGCUUCAAAUGUCUGUGCAAAGAGACACAAAUGGGAUUAAAGUUAUUUCAAGGUUUCAAGUGCUGAGGUUGAUAUAUUUGGGACAGGAUACUGAUAGUUGGAUAUCCUGCUUCGAGUAACUCUUAUUUCUGCUGUAGUUUCUACUACAGCAUUCAAUGCAGACACUUUGGACAUUCUCACAUGAUUAAACACUUCAAACUAAACUCAACAUUGGAUAUUUUUACAAAAUUGAAAAUGCUAAAAGCUAUUCACCCAAAGUACAUUGUUAUUUAUCCUUCUGUUGUGAGGAGGAUCAUGGAUCAGACUGUCCAAGCUUGUAAAAUGUAAAAUAUGACUGGAUGUAGUAGGACUGGGCGACAAACUGAAAAUUUACCGAUACCGAAAUUUAUGACAAUAACCAACGUUAUUUUGCCCAUGUCAAUAUAUUUGGUGUAAAAAUAAAAAUAAAUAUAAGUUGGUUUUGGAUGUGUGUAGGUGGGCUAUGGUCUCAUGUCCCUUUAAGACGCUGUCCUACAUUGGAGACGGGACUCCACCCCAUCCAGUCCGUAACAAAGAGGGAAAGACAGGUGAGGAGAUGGAGGACGGUUCAAAAGUUGUAGCGGCUGGAGCGACUGCUGAAGUAGAUGAAGUUAAUGUGGGAAGGGGUGAGCAGCUUGUGGAGUAAUUAUCGUCCAUUUAUCGUUAUCAAGGUGAACUGCUCAAUAGAUCGUGAUGUUGAUUUGAGGCCAUAUCGCCCAGCCCUAGGAAGUAGUAAGAGAUAUAUAUGGCAUAAUGCACUUGACAUGCAUGCACAAUUUGGACAAAAUACUUCCACUUGUGAUAUUAAUAAGAAGUCUUGGUAGAUCUACUGAGGGGAAAAUGAUGUAUGCACAUAUACACAUCUACAACAAUGACUUUGUGGCCUGAUCAUUUUGUAAGAAUAACACUUCAGUCAAAUGUUUUAUAACAUUUUAGACCUGGAAAAACCUGAUUUUAAAGCUUUCAUGAAUGUUUAUUUCAAAUCUCUGCUCUGAUAAAGGUCAUGCAAUGCACAAGUAAGUGAAGCCAAUGCUGGACUGUAACUGCACAUAUUUAGAGCCACAAUGGACACCAUGCUUUAGCCUCUCCAACACAGUAGUAAGAAAUGUGUUGUUUGUGAUCACGUGAGGAAAUGAUUCCUGGAUGGUGAUGCAUUUAUUGUAAAAGCCCAGUGAUUCACUGCAGCCUGGUUCCUCCAGACUGAGAUCAAAGCCACACUGGCACAGCCAGAGACACUCUGUUUAGUCUGCAGUCGAUCUCUCUCUCUCUCUCUUUCUCUCUCUCUCUUCAUCCCUCUCUCUCCUUGCCCUGCUGUCUCCUCACCUCCUCUGGCAGAUGUCCAUUGGGGACAUUUGCACAGCAAGCCUGUAUGCAGACGGUACCAAGCAAGUUUUUCUUCCUCCACCCCAUCUAUCUCAAUCACCAAAUUGCAGCCUAGCUCUUAAGCAGCCAUAGCUCUCUCCUGUCACGGUGCCAGAAUGCUGGCUGCCAAUGUUAAUCAAUGGAGUAUUUAUCAAUCACAAUAUUUCAGCUGCUGGGAUGCUUUCAGAGCGUACACAGUAUUGAUCCUGUUGAAUUAUUCAUGGCAUUUUUUUUCCAAAUCACUCUCGUGGCUUUCACAGAGCAGCAGACUUAACCACAAUUGUUUUGUUACAUUUCAAUUGAUCAGCUAUCUAAUUUGUCUCUGUCAAUGUUGUUGUUUUCUUUUUCAGCCUGUUCAUUUGGCACAAAGCUGUUUUCAAGUCGAAGCCUUUGGACACACCUUCACUCUGGACCUGGAGCUUAACCAGUGAGUAUUACAGUCCCACACCAUCAGAUCUGCUGUUGUGUGCACGCCGGUAUCAGUAGGUGCUCUUAAUUUACUGCAGCUGUUCUCAUUAGCAUUUCCCCGCACUUAAGCUAAUGCACUUAGCGCCCUUAUUAUGUUACGUGACAAGAUGGGGAAUACCAAUGCGCCACACACACACACACACACACACACACACACACACACACACACACACACACACACACACACACUUUAGCUUUUGUGAGCUUUUACUGAUUUUAUUAAAUUAACCAAAUCAAGUGAUCACUGAUUUUUUGUGAAUUGCAUUUGAGACAGGAGAAAGAGGUUGAUGAAACCAGUUUUGAGGAUUAUUUCUGAUGUUUUACAAAUCUUGUUGACUGCAUCUUCAAAGAUUAUAUGAUGGUCUUCCUCCUGUCUUUCAGUCACCUCCUGUCUUCAGAUUACGUGGAACGGCACUUUAACAAAAAUGGCAGACCCUCUCAGUCAGUGGUGAGUAAGUGUGUGAGGGGCAGAGGUGUGCAUACUGACAGGAUGAACUUGUGGUUUUUGGCACACUGAAGGCUGCAUAUUAACAAGAUGACCAGAGCCGCCUUGGAGCAUUCAGUAUAUCCGACUGUGUCACGUUUUACGCCAGUGCUGAAGCAAAUUUCGAUGCAUUUCCUUGAGUUGUCUAGACCACUUUACUUUUUUAAAUUUCCAAUGCUCCAUGUGUAUCCAAAGGGCGUCUCACUUAAAUCUGUUGGUUUAAAAUCCAAAUGAAGAAACAAAAGCGAUCCUUUUUUGUUUUUCUCUUUUAAGGCCGAGUGUGUGAUGUGCUAUUUAAAUUUCCUCCUUUUAUCUUUUUAUAGAAAGUGCUUUGUUUUCUCGCUGCUUCAAAAGUAGGCUGCCAUGUAGCUAUUAAUACAAUGUUUGUUACUGUGCUCUGCAAACAUGGGUUUUUCAGUCAGAAUACAUGCCUCCCUUCAGAUCAGGUGAACAAACUAAGAGUAAACAAGGAAGAGAAUAAAAGCCAUGACAUCUAAUGUGAUGUUUACUCAUCAGGUCAGACUGGAGGAAUGUCUUUGCAUGCAGAUAGCCAAGAGGGAUGACUAAUGGCUUUUUUUCCCCAGUACUAUUGUGACACUUUCCCAGCUCCCACCACCACCACCACCACCAAACCACCCACCUACCCAGCUCUCCUUGUCCCCACCCACAUUCGCUCCAAACUCUCCCUCGGUUCCCCCGGCCAAUCGCAAGCUUGUUUCCAUAGCAACAAGAUAGCUCAGCAGUGUCAUUAAGUUCUUGGCAGCAACGAGAAUGAAAGAAGAGCAAGAGGGAGGGAAGAGCGGAGCCAGCGUGAGAGGCGGUGGAGGAAAUGUGAAGAGUAAAAUGCUGGUUAUUAUAAAGCACAAUGAGUUUUGGGGAAGAGGUGGAGUCAAUCUGAGCGUGUGUGUAUACGUGCGGUCAUAGACAAACGAGGUGUUCUCAGAGCGGCGGUAGAAAGAGGAGUCAUGAUGGGCCAGGGAUGGAGACCUGUAGUCAGACCAGAUUGUGGCUCAGCUGGGUGGAGGCCUCACGUGAAGCUUGUGAUGCUGCUUUUGGACAUGACAGGUGUAAUGCACCGAGCCAGUGCGUCAUCAGAGGAAACUCUGUCAUCAAAGCAGCUCUAGUUCUAAAACAAUAAAGCACCCUGCUGAACUCAGUGUGAUCCAGGUGAAUCAGGGUUCUGACUUUCACCUUUUCUGGUGGUUCGUCCUCAUGGCUGUGGUUUUUUAAAGAAACAAAUCUGCACUUAGCUACAAAAUAAACCCAUGGCAAGGUCAAGAGCAGAGGCCUUUGCCUUUUUCACUCAUCUCUUGAGGAAUUAAAUUGCAGCCGUCUUAUUGUGCUGUAUUAUUGGUUUGGAUCGCUUCAUGGUUGUUUUGAACAUAAUCUUCUAAUACACACUCAUGCAUUGUGCAAAGGUUUUGAAGGCAGUGACCGAGCUUAUCACAUGAGAUAGUCCCAGUUGCAUCCUGUCUCAGAGUUUGAGCCAAAGUACUGACAGAAUUCCGUAUAAAUUAUCUCCAUCCGGUCUCCAACACAAGAUAAUUGUCCGAGGAUAAUGCCCAGCCCUGUAUGGGGUAAAACAGUCACCCGGACAGUCACCUCGGCAGUGACCAAGCUUAUCACAUGAGAUACUCCCAGUUGCAUCCUGUCUCAGAGUUUGAGCCAAAGUACUGACAGAAUUCUGUAUAAAUCAUCUCCAUCCGGUCUCCAAAACAAGAUAAUUGUCAGAGAAUAAUGCACAGCACUGUAUGGGGUAAAACAGUCACCCCAUACAGGGAGGCUGAAGGCCGAAGCUGUCGAUUGGACUAGUUUAUAAUGGUUAUGUCUGAAUACAAAAAGAUAAGCAGCACGUCAGACUGUCAGGGAGAUCAGGGGAUAGGAUACUUGGUGCCGGUGAUGGGUGAGUGGGUUGGUGUAAGAAGACCCACAAAUGGGCAGGGUGCAAACUGGGACCUUUAAAGGUAACAUGAGCAAGUUUUAAGUUUUGCCUUUAGUCCCCAGAUCCCAGAUUAUUGUGUAAAUAAAAACUAACUGGCGGACUGCCUUGAAUUAUUCUACUCCAGUAGAGUGGAGUAGAGUACAGGACACAAGUAGGUCACUAAGUGUGCCAUAAAUGCAGUAAUGGGAGGGGGGGCUUGCAUGUGCAGAGGUUGUUAGAGGGUUUUCCUCAGAGCUGUGCGCCUUAUCAACCUGAAGUGUGUCAGUGGAGGUUGUUUCAUGAGACACUGUGUCCACAGGGAGGGGAGCACUGCUACUACCAGGGAAGGUUACGAGGUUUACCAGAGUCCUGGGCAGCUCUCUCUACUUGCCAUGGCCUGUGGUGAGCCUGACAUGAAAAUUUUAUUUAUGAAAUACAGACACACAUGACCUGCCAGGUCAAGUUAUACAUGUUUUGUACAUCAAUAAUUCCCGCUUAAUGUGUAUGUUUUCUGCUCUCUGCGGUGUGUUCCUCCUUGUCUUGUUUUUGGUCAUCAGCGGCAUGUUCUCAGACGGCUUCUUCUCCUACGGGAUUGAGCCGAUUCACAAUCGGAGUGAUCAGGUAUGUAGUCUGUAGGGCUGCACGGUUAAUCAAUUUUAGAUUGUAAUCGGAUUAUUUGAUUGUGACGAUGUUGAAAAAAUUUAAAUUGUCAAAUCGAUUUUCCUCUCCAUCGUGUCUCGCGCCUCCAGGCCACCGUAGACACCCCCUUCCUGCGUGAACGCUCCCUAGUUCCCACCACACCAGUGUAAACAAACAUGGUGUUUGCAAAAGAAGGCGAUCAUUUUAUGGCUGAAUAGGGCGAUAGCAAGUCAGUCGUGUGGAAUUGGUAUGACCUUGCAGUUUCGGACGAAGAGUAAACCACUCCCCGCUGCAAAGUCUGUCUGAAGACGGUAUCAACCUGUCCACACGGGAAUGAAUUCAGGAGUAAACACAAAAGUUUUUUGUCAUAUCAGUGUUUCAUACACAUGGAAACUGCGUUUCUGGUGACUGUUAACAGUACUUUUUCAAAAACCUGUACGAGAGUGCAUAAACCCGUAAACGACUACCAUUUCAUCUCUGUGUGGAUGCCUAUCUGCAUCUCUGGAAUCGAUCAUGUGAUACACAGCGUAACUCUUUUAUGGUGCCUGCGCAUGUCCGGCCAAAACAACCUUAUGCACUCCAUCAUUUUCAGUGGUUUUGUUUUGAGAGAUGAGAGAAAAACUUUAGAUUUUUUAAGUUAAGUUUGGUGAAGUUGUCACUGAAUAAAAAAUCGAAAUCGAGAAUCGACCUUUCAGGGAAACAAAUAGGGAUUUUAUUUUUGGCCAAAUCGUGCAGCCCUAGUAGUCUGAUGACCACAGAUGGAGUAAAGUUGACAACAUGAUCGUAAAAUCUGUUGUGUCUAAUGUCUUCUUGCUGUAUUCUUCUCCAGGAUGGUGGUGCCCACUUAAUACGCAAGAUGCCUGAUGUUAGGCUGUCCCCUCACUGUCAAGGUACAUAAGCACAUUAAAAAUCAUUGACUCUGAUAUUACAUUAAAAUAAAACCCCAUUAAAUCAUUCUUUUCCUCAGUUAUUAAUAUCAGAUUUUAACAUAAUCACACUUCCUACCUCAUAUCCACUGUCAAAAUCCUCUCACAACAAAUGCUGCCUCAGUGAUUACUGCCUAAGAUAUUAUUCAUGCAUCCUCAUCACUUGCAUAACAGACAAUUAGUGGCACAGGUUUUUUUGAUCUGAGACUGAAAUAAAGUUGGUAGCAUUAACACUACACUGUACAGAACAAAAACAGUCACACAGCUCUGACUGGCUGCAGUUCUGCUCUUCUAUGUGUCCAGACUGUACAGAGGACAGUGAGUGGGAAAGCAGAGGAGGUGAUGGUGACGAUGACAGAUCGGACCAAAUGAGGGAGCAGCGGGUGUCUGGGGGGCUGACACGGUCGAAAAGAUUUGUCCGCAAGCCCUCUGUGCAGACUGAGACCAAAUAUAUUGAGCUGAUGGUGGUCAACGACAACGAAAUAGUGAGUCAAACAUUAAAAACUGCUGUUUAUGAGUAUGUCUGAGAUCUGCAUUGGCGGCUCAGUUUUUCAGGUUGUAUCUACCAGUAUGAUCUGCCUUACCAACCCUAGGGGGUGCAUGGAUGAAGGGUUGUAUUUAAGUUCAGUUCAGGUCAGACAACUUUAUUUGUUCCACAAGGGGCAAUGUGUGCAUAUUUAUUCAUUUAUUCAAUCAGUCAACAAGAUACAUAAAUAAUCAAUCAAUCAGUCAAGUAAACAUGUUUAAGCAUGGGACAGAGGGAGAUGUCAGGACUUUAUAAGUAGCCUACGUAUACAAAUCGUAGAGCAAGAUAAAACAAGAUAGGAUAAAAGAUUCUUUUAAAAGUGAGGUCAAAACAAGGCAAUGCAAAAACUGUAUAAAAAGCAGUUAUACAAAUUGGAAAGAAUUAUUAAUAAGAGUAAAUAAAUAAUGGCCUUUUAAAUAGAAAUCAUUUAAAAUGGGUGUGGCCUGUGUUUAUGAGCUUGAUAGCAGAGGUACAAAAAAGGGCAACAAGAAGAGAAACAAGUGGAGGAGGGAGAUUUUGUAUAUUUCCAUUUCGAAGUCUAAAUUUAAAAAAGUCAAAAUUCCAACUUUAUUUAUGCUGACCUUGAUCUCAAAAUUUCGACUUUAAUCUCAAAAUUUUUAAUCUCUAAAUUUCAACAAUAUUGACAUAAUUUUGAUUUGUUAAUCUUGAAAUUUCAACCUUAAUUUUGAGAUUUCAAAUUUUAAUUUCAAAAUUUAGACUUGAUUGACCUAAUUUUAAUUUUUCAAUCUCAAAAUCUUGACUUUAAUCUUGAAAUUUUGACUUUAAUCUCCUUUCUGUGAUGAUUUUUUUUUCUCUUCAUGUGGCCCUUAUCCUCUCAUACAAAGGAAAUCAAAGACUUUGAGUACUGAUUAGUUUUCUUUUGGGGCACAUAAUUAAGUCUGUUUUUGCAUGCUUUAGUGAUACGCAAACGUCUAAGCAUGAAAAGGGUCACACAGUGUCACUUUUUAUGCAUCUUCGUAGACUUAAGGAUUUUGAAUUAGGUAAAACCCCUCCUAAAAACAUGCACCUGACAGUAUCAGUGUAACUCCUUAUAGUGUAAAGCUAGCUGAUUGUAGCUUGAAAACAGGCCUUCUUACAUAUGCAUAGUCUCACUGAGUUUAGUCUCACGCAGUUUAUCUAUUAUUGAGAACAAGACAGAAGAAAUCCGCUUUAUGAGUCGCAAUUUUACAUCACUUUUGCGUUUCAGUGGAAACGUUUUUCAUAGCAGUUGCAUCACUUCUUGUACAAAAAUUAAGCCUCAUAUCAGGAGCUUCAGAAGGUACAAACGUGACUGGCAUUUGUGUGUGUGAGAGGGUGAGCAUGUGAUCCAUCCUUUACACCAUCUGUGUGUUUCUGCAGUUUGUACAGCUGCGUCACUCCAACAGCCAAACCAAGAACUUUGCCAAAGCAGUGGUCAACAUGGCAGAUGCGGUAAGAGCUUAUUCUCCUCCCACUGCUUAUCUCUACACACACACACCACCUGGCGACUUGUGAGUGUGUGCACGUGUGCCUUCUCCAGUGUUAUGAAAUAUCUGAUCUCAGAUAGCACUCAGUCCUCCAUGCACUGAGGAUUCACAGCGCAGGUGUCAUGCCAACAUAGCAGUAGAUUGAUGGGCGUUAUUGGUCCCCAGAUCUACAAGGAACAGCUGAACACAAGGAUUGUUCUGGUUGCCAUGGAGACCUGGACCUCUAAAAAUAUGAUGCCAGUAGUGGAAGAUCCAUUGAUAACACUGCAGAACUUCAUGAAAUACAGGAAAGACAACAUCAGAGAGCAGAGUGAUGUUGUCCAUCUUUUCUCGUAAGAGACUUCAAUAUAAAAUCCUGACAUUUGAGCUCAUUUUUUAAUGUUCAGAUUUCAUCUUAAAGUUUGCCUUUCUUUUUCUGUGCAUUUCAGAGGACGCACAUUUCACAGUAGCCGUAGUGGCACUGCCUACACAGGAGGGGUGUGCUCUCUCACCAGGGGAGGAGGUAUCAACGAGGUGAGAUCAAGUUUCAUAAGACACAUUUGCUGUCAGGGAUACAUUUAAAGUAAAGAUGAGAGUAUAGCUAAAUGUAGAUGAUGGGAAAAAAACAGCUGUUAGCACUGUGUCGUACAAUUUUAGUUAAUGACUGACUGGUUCAUUUUGAUUAAGCUUUCAAGAUAGUAAGACAAGGUCAAAAGAAAGAAGAGGCAUGUUUUUAUGGCAAGUUUAUUUCCAGUAUGAGUGAAUUUAAAAGGAUAGUUACAUAUUUUUGAAAUCGGCUCAUGUGUCUUAUGGCUGAAAUUAACAUGAGGUUUUUACCACUCCCAUGUCUGUACAGUAAAUGUUAAGCUGGAGGACAAGAAGGGUAAACUUUUUCUCUCUGAACAAACAAAUAAUAAUAAAAUACUCAACCUGGGUCUAUCUAAAGGUAAACUCUUGGAUUACAAAAAUCAUACCAGUCCCAGCUGAGAAAGAGUUCAGUAACUAGACCUCUCCAUUAGAUAGAGUGCAGACAGCAAACUGGUUUAACCAUGUUAACUGAUAAGGUCAAAGGGUUUUUAAGAUGGGCUCAAUGCUAGCCUUUCUUGUCAAAUCAAUUUACAUGUGUAGUCGUGGUUGAAGCACAUCUGUGACAUGUACAUGCUUGUAUGGUUAAGUCUUCUGCAUCACGUGAUUAGGCUCUACAUUGUGUUUUCUCUCCAGUAUGGGAAUGUGGGUGCAAUGGCUGUCACGUUGUGCCAGAGUCUUGGCCAGAACAUCGGCAUGAGGUGGAACAACGCUCGCAACUCUGCAGGUAAAAGACAGAGGGAAAGUUUGAUAUUGCAGGGAGUGGGUGGUGAGGGUUGGAGGAGGUAUGGUUAGAGAGAGUGUUUGUUGUUGGCAUCUCUGUCCAGCAGUUCUUUUCUGUAAUUAAACCUCUCCAGUGAUUUGUAACCUACGUCUAAGGAGGAGGAGCGCUAGAAGGCUAGAGCAUUGCUGCCAUUAAACAAUGGACUGUGAUUGAUGUUGCAGUGCCAUCAGGCCUAUGACUCAAUAUGAGAGCAAGAGCUCAGCACACAACCAAAGGCCAUUCACUUCUCUCACAGACUAUCCAGCGUGCAAAAUAACUUUUCUUGUUUAUUGUUCAUAAAUCUUACAGCCCAACAGUAUCAGAGCUUAAACGCUGAUCUCAAUGUGAAGGUUUAUUUGUAACUCAUCUCUAAUCUGUGCUCCUCACCCUCUAUGCCUUUAUCUCAGGAGACUGCAGGUGUCCAGAUGCUUGGCUUGGCUGCAUCAUGGAAGACACAGGGUAAAUAUCUACACACCACAGCACAACGUAAAGAAUGAAAAGAAAUAAUCACAACAAACCUGUGGUAAAAAAAAUGUUUUCGAGGAAACAAUUUAACAGAAGACAGCAGGACUGUUUUCUUGUCGCACUCCCUCCAAGCUGUGAUUUGUUCCAUUCAUUUCACUCAAUUAGACAAUUAAACACCUGGAAUAGGAGGAGGCUUUGACUUUUCUUCAGUCUUCAGUGAGCCAAACCGCUGAGAGUCACAGCUUGUAUUUGAUGCCUUAAGUGUUUUGUUGGAGCAUCAGACAUCAGUGUGCAGAUAAUCACAGUGGUAGUACAAAAAAAUUGAAUUAGGAGUAUUUACUGUACAGUAUGACUAAUUUGGAUUUUCUCUCCUUACCAGACGGGACAAUAAAGAUUUCAAUUAUUCAGUUGAGAAAUGUCUUUCUACAGAUGGUAACAUUUUUGUCAGAUUGCAAAUUGGUGGCACAGACACCCACACGGGAUCUGGCAUUUUCUACUGGCACUGAGAAAUUGUUCUGAUUUUAAUAAGUUUUUUUUUCUUCUUGGUCAUGUCCUGGCCUCGAUCUUUGUGCGUGUAUGUGUAUUUAUGUGUAUGUCUGUGUGUAUUUUUGUAAACAGAUACUAUCUGCCCAGAAAGUUUUCUCGCUGCAGUGUUGACGAGUACAUCCAGUUCUUGCUCCAGGGGGGAGGGAGCUGCCUCUUCAACAAGCCCAACAAGGUGAGGGCUGUGUGGGCAAUCACCAUCUUCAUUUAGAGACUAAUUAAUUACUCCUACAUCUGAAGUUCAAUAUGAAUACAUGUCUCUGUCAGGAUUAAAGCUUCUUACUUUGUAUGUAUGCACUCCUCCAGCCAGCAACCUCUUACAGAGCUGACAAGUAAUCACUCUCCUGUCUAUCUUCUACUCAUCUGUCCUCAUGUUUGCCCCCCUCUGUCUCUGCCAGCUCUUCGACCCACCAGAGUGUGGGAACGGCUUUGUGGAGCCUGGAGAGGAGUGCGACUGUGGAUCCCAAGUGGUGAGACUCCAGCUGCACAAUAUGAAUUAAAACCAAUUUUUGACACCUUUGGUCUCUUUGAGAACAGAGGAGUGUGUGCUGUUUGUUCAAAGAGAGCUGAAGGUUUGUUUUUAUCUUUGCUGUCACAGGAGUGUGCUCGCAGUGGAGGAGCUUGCUGUAAAAAGUGCACACUUACCCAUGAUGCCAUGUGCAGCAAUGGACUCUGCUGCAGUGCCUGCAAGGUGAGUUUGUGAUUUGACAUUGAGACAAAAAAAGUUAAUAAAUAUCUCUUUAUGAUUUGUUUUAUUUGAUACGUAUUUUGUCUGUCUUAAAGGGAUAUUCUGGUGUAAAAUUAAGUUAGGGUCAAACACACUAACACCAAGUUAGACAUCCCCUCCAGAGAUGAAUGUUACUGACUGCUUGCACUUCUAGUUAUAGUAACUUUAGCAAUGACCGCUCAAUAGCAAUACACAGCGGUCUAUGUCUUCAUGCGCAAACUUCAACCAAAAAGCCACUUUAUAGCCACAAGUAAUGCUCAGAACACCACCUAACUUCAUCAACAGUACAUUUAGGGUCCCAACUAUAGUACUAGCCACCAAACAUCUUUAGCAAAGAGACCAAACACAACUCACUCACUCUCCUCCAGCAGUCGCUUGUUUGUGAGGGAGCCUUGACGAGUCAAUCACCGAGUGCAGUGGAGUUUCGCAGCUCAAGGAAGAACAUUUAUGAUUAUUACUUCAUGGAAAUUCAAUCAGACUGAGACACUAAGGCAGAAGAACUACCAUGUCUGCAGUGCAAAAUGAUUAUUAUGAUGUUCCUCAUACUGUGCUUUUUGCUGUGCCUCAGUAUGAGCGCAGGGGUGUGGUUUGUCGAGAUGCAGUAAAUGACUGUGAUAUCCCAGAAACCUGCACCGGAGACUCCAGUCAGGUAGGGAUGCCUUUAUAAGUAAAGAAUAAGACCGCAAGAGAAUAAAAUUUAGAAAACUACAUCUUACUUUCAUCUUUACUUGCAGUGUCCUCAUAAUGUCCACAAACUGGAUGGCUACAUGUGUGAUAACACUCAGGUAAAGACUGCUUUGUGGCUUUUAUUUAGUUUUGGUCUGCACAUAUCUCCGCUGUAUAUACUUGAUGUUUGUGUCUCAUCCCCCCAGGGUCGCUGUUAUGGUGGACGGUGCAGGACUCGUGAUGGACAGUGUAGGGGACUCUGGGGUUAUAGUAAGUACAGACCACAUGCUUUGUCCAGCUUUGAGGUCUCAAUUCUCUUGGGAAGCGCUCACUCUGAUGUUUGCUUGUCAUUUCAGAUUCAGCAGACAGAUUUUGUUAUGAAAAGCUAAAUGCUGAGGGGACAGAGAAAGGCAACUGUGGUCCUGGUCCUGAGGGCCAGGGCUGGCUGCAGUGCAACAAGCCGUGAGUCAUUUUGUCACAUCAUCCCCAUUCCCCUGUGCACCGACAUUUGAGAGAUAAAAAACAAUAACUAGGAUUUCAUUCAAGUGUAUUCUCAACUGUAUAAAGAUAGUUAAUUAACAAACACAAAAACAGAGUUGCUUUCAGUGACUUUAAAUCUGUAAAGCAAAAGCAGAACUAUAACCAUCCAGUGUCAUCAGUAAUAACAAUCAAACACUGGGAGUAUAGAAGAGAGCCGCCCUGUCGCACUGCAGUGACUUAUUCAUUUAUAUAAUGCUCCUGUGAGUUGAGGGAACUUGGCUCAGUCCUUUGAGAGAAAACAGGAUGACUGCAGUUGUGUUGUUGUGAACAGCUUUUGUUGCAUAAAAAUGCUAAAAUCAUUUGUCAGAACUGAAUCACCCAAAUAUGGUCCAAAAUCGUGUGCAGAAGUGAAAAAGUUGAACUUCUAAAAAAAACAAAAGGUUGUUGAAUGUUGUGAACUCAGCUCGAGUUUAAUCUCCAUUAUCCGCUGAUGUUGCUUUGCUCCUGUUCAGGGAUGUUUUAUGCGGUUUCCUGUUCUGCGCCAAUGUAACAAUGAAGCCAAAGUUUGGAGACCUGCAGGGUGAGGUGACCAGCUUCACUCUCUACCAUCAGAACAAAUACCUGGACUGCAGGUAAAAGAAACACAAGCUGACCUAGACUUCAAAAUAUCUUUAAGCAUCUAGUUCCAUCCCUGACAUGUCUGAAUGCUUCUCACAGAGGUGGCCACGCUCUGCUGGAGGAUGGCUCAGACUUGGGCUAUGUGGAGGAUGGCACUCCUUGUGGUCCUAACAUGAUGUGUUUGGAACGACACUGCCUCCCUGUGGCCGCAUUCAACCUCAGCUCCUGCUCAGGAUCCAACUUUGGGCGCAUCUGUUCAGACCACGGGGUAAAAACACCACAACUUCUUACCCAGUGUUACUUUAGAGAUAUUACAAGUCAGAAUACAAGAUUUUUAAUGUACAUUUUAAAUAAGUUCAGCUGCCUUUUCACCCCCAUGUUUAUUCUCAUAUACUGUCAGCUUGAUCCUCUUAUCGCUUGUCUUUCUUGUAGACCUGCAGUAACGAGGUGAAGUGUAUCUGUGACAGAGACUACACAGGGAAGGACUGCAGCGUCUUUGACCCCAUCCCUGAACCAACAGUCCCAACAGGCCCAGAGAAGAAAGGUCCAGAGCACUUUUUAACAUACCCACAUCUCUCUUUCUGUCUGCCUUUCACAUCCCCCUCAUAGUCUCCCCCAUCAUCGCUGUAGCUUUUUUUGUGUACCUCUCUGGAGCAUUCUAUUUUGCAAUGAAAAAAGAUUAGUUCACCUUCUUAUUGUGAGAAACGAGUUUGUUUCCGUGGUGGAUGAGUGUGGGUGUGUGCUCUGACACAUGUAUAUUGUGUAUGUGUGUGUGUGUGUGUGUGUGUGUGUGUGUGUGUGUGUGUGUGUGUGUGUGUGUGUGUGUGUGUGUGUGUGUGUGUGUGUGUGUGUGUGAGGUGAUAUUGCAUAUGAUGUAGGCACUGCUAUCCUUAAGCGUCUUCCUUAUUUUCUUGCAGUCUGCCAAUGACACAGAGCAAUUGAGCAGCUUCUCUCAUAGGGCCAAAAGAGCCAAAGCCACUCUGAGCAGGAGCGUGUCCCGCUGAAAGAGCAGGAGAGGGGAAAUAAGAGCAAAGUAAUCAAACUCUCUCCUUUGUUCUUUGUUUCUAUUAUCUCCCCUGACUCCCCUCGCUCACCCGCCUGUUCUCCCACCUCCACCCCACGUGCUGGUCUCCUCUUUCUCGUCAUCUCUCCUUCUCUCUCUGUCUGCAGGUACCUUACCAUCUGCCCUUCUCUCUUUCUCUAGUUGAUGUCGUUGAUGUACGGUGUUGAUGCUGUCCUCUGACGUGUGUUUUUUAGUGGUGUUGUUUUGUUUCUGCCCCUCCUCCCUUUCCUCCUCCUCCUCCUCCGCACCUUUCCUCCCCCCUCCUUCCUCUGCGCAGGUCCCAGUGGCACCAAUAUCAUAAUAGGGUCAAUCGCAGGUGCUAUUCUCCUGGCAGCUAUAGUCCUAGGGGGAACAGGAUGGGGAUUUAAGUAAGAGUUCUGGCAUGCCUUUGUGUACCUGUCUGCUUCUACCUUGAGGAAACCCCGGCCCUUCCACUCUCACCCCUCUGAAAUAGGUGCCGAGUGCAACUCAUCACUCAAUCAAGAGAGGGAAAAUGGGGAGCGGAGUCCGACCUGGCCAAGCUAAUGCCUUUUGACUGUAUGCGUUGAAUCCCCAUGGAGCGUCACAUGGUCUUUUUUUGUUUUAUUCCUAUUUGAUCAGAUUAAAAUAUUGAGCUCCAUCCUGCACCUUUCCUGCCUCUCUCUCUACUACAGCCCCCACUUUUUUUAACAAUAGCACAGGAACGAGACCUUUACUUGCCAGGAACCUCUAAAACAUUUCUCUGAAGUCUGCUAGGUGUAUCAGCCUUUAUAAUGUGUGAUUUUUUAUAGUCCUAAACACCCUUUUUUGAUAUAUUUUAACACUGGUGCUCUUUCAGCCUGCAGUUACCUGUUUGUCCCCUACUGGUAGCCUCCUGACCCCAAACGCCCUCGCUGCAGUUCCUCUUUAGCACUGUCCCACCUGUGCAUGCUUGCUAUCGUUCACUCCUUAUUCUCUGCCCUAAAAGGACUGCUCCUCCUGUCCUCUUGAGUCCAUGCAAAGGUUAUAAUUGGAGUUGGUCAAAAGAGCAAACAUUUGACUGACUGACAUACUUUAAGUUUGAAAAAGAGUCCUUUUAAGACAGAGGUAAGUGUCUGUGCAUGCAUGCAUGAGCUGUAAAAGGGAUGGUUUCACUCCCCACUCAGACCUUUCAAUUAGUGGUCGGGGUGUAACAGUUUCUGCUCUUCUGCCUUUUUUCGACUCUGGGGCUGAGGUUUACUGCCAUGUUGACUAUAGACCUGCUGCAUGUGAUUUUAUCACUAUAAUCUGGUGAGGAAGAUCUGGACAAAUACUGCAAAGUGAAAAAUGGAUUAAAUUACUUACUGGGUUAUUAUUUGAUUCAUAGUCAUGUCCAAAACGCUGACAGUGUGGGGGACUAGAAUCAGUCAAACAUGAAUUGAAAUGAUUCAUAUGUUGAGUGGGAUUUCAUGUCUACACUGUUUCAACUGUUAUUGAUUGAUUUAUACUGGCUUUUUAUUAUUGAUCUUUAUUUCUAGUCAGAGUCUGCGACCUAAGAUGAUUAUCCUUACAUGAUGCUUCGAAAAUGUUGUUGGUUAGUUGCUCAUCAGUUUUCCGCCUGAUACCUUCUAACGUUUUGUCUUUUCUCUUAAUGUGUGCUCAUGGGAUGCAGGAACAUUCGGCGAGGAAGGUAAAACCAUAUAAGAUAAUGAUGGUGAGAUAAGCUAUCACCGGAGUAGCAUCUUACAUUAUCUCAUCUCAUCCCAAAUUCCCUUCUCAUUCCUGCUAGCUUCUUUAUUUUCCAUCCAAUCUGUUUUUGCCUUUCGAUAUUUUCUUGUGAAAGUGCCAUAUAAAUUAACUUUACUGAUUCAUAAAACUUGUGCUUUCUUUGCUUUAACACCUCAUCCUACUUUGAUCCUCACAAAAAAACAUCUCUCCAUUCAAACACAAUCUAACUCACCCGUAUUAAGCAGACUGAUUUCGUUCUCCAAGCAUCCUUUUGUCAGCCAACAGUCCUCACCUUGUUUUCUUUUCUCUUUCAGAUCCGGUGGGGGAUAAGACAUCUGUCCGUUCUUUUGUCUAUGUGUCCUGUCUACUCCCGUCUUCCUCCUUGCACUGUGUCGUUUCCACAUCGGAGAAGAGGGGAACAAAAAAAAAAGUCUUCCACUCCUGCCCCACAUUAUUUCCAAACCUCUUCUGGUUGUCGUCUCCUCCACGCUCCCCAUUGUCUGUCCUCCUGCCUGCACCGUCCCCCUCUGGACCUGUGCACUGUCCCCCGUCGUACCAGCCCAACCGUACUCAUGUGGCUGCUGCCAGCAGGCCACUGAGGAUUGUGGGAGGGCCACAGAGAGAGCAGGUAGCUCUGUAUCUUCCCGUCAUUAUGGUGGCUCUGAGAAUGUGCUUCAGUGUCCAUGUACGUCCUUUUCUCACAUCUUGGACAGUCUGAUGAAGAACAUAUCAAUGGUGGACCAAUUUAAUACCAGACUUGUCUUUGUAAUGCCUGCCUGCCUGCACACAUAUGAAACUGGCCACCAACUGAGUCCACAGCGAAAUGCUGGACUAGCACAGAGACUGGCUGUCGAAUCUCAGACUGAGAACAAAAGAAACUGGAGGUUUUUUUUAUUUUGUAGAGUGACUGAAGGUGCAGUUCCUACAAAGCCAGGCCUUGACUAGAGUGGACACUAUCUGAUUAAAUUCACAAAGGAAUGGAAAUACAGCCGUGCAAACCCGUACAUUGUUAGCAUGUUUUCCAAAGAGGAAGUUAGGAGGGACUGUUCAUGCAAAGUAAUGGCUUGAAAUCCAGUCAACUGUUAGCCAGAGACCAGACUAAUAACUGAAUUUAUGUUCUCUGUUAUUUGUUCGUUUCACUUGAGACAUCCUACCUGCCCCCUCUCCUCCGACACCAGUGUCCUGGUUAAAAAAAAAAAUGAAGCGGGGUGAAACAGUGAAAUGGUUUUGGGAUCAUUUAAAGCCGCAGAGACCAUAACUGAGUGUUUUUAACUACUGACUGACAAACAUACAUUCCACAAUCUGUCUGUGUGUGUGUGUGCUCACUUCUAUCAGGCCCAAAGUCUGUAUGUGUAGGAGGUUAAAUCUGUGUGUCUGUCAUGAGUGAAUGUACAAGGUUUUUAAAGGAGGGAGGGUGGGAUGUAUGUGGGUUUACAUUAGUGUUAGGGGCAGUUGGGUUUGUGUACACCUUAACACUCCUCCUAUCACGGGCAGAUAGGCAGGUUUUUACCUCUAGAUCAUUGUCUCUUUCUACAAACUGUUGUGCUCUGCAACGAUGGCACCAUAAAGGCAGCACAUUAACAAACAACUUAACAGUUUUUAUGUCAAGAAAACGAGCACUAGCCAACUGUAUGCACACCUAUUUGUAAAUAUGUGCAAGAUAUACUGAAUGUUCAAUGCACUGUAUGAAGAUUUAUUUAAAAGCUAUGUUCAGAUACCGAGUUCUAUCAAACACACAGCUGUCUGUCUCCACACAGCCUACAUCUGUAGUCAGCGCUCUCCGUUCAUUUUUAAAUGUGGCGUAGCAGCUACGGUAGCUGCCUGGCAAAAUCCCCUUCUAUCAUCCCAGCUAUCAUGGAAACAUCCUGAACCUUUUGUACAUUUGUUGAUAGCCCUGAGUCCUGGGUGAGCGCCUCAUCCAGGUGGUUUUGAUGAACCCCCCCUUUCACCCUGUUCUGAGAUUAAGGAGAUCUGGUCUGGGGUCCAGGAAGCAGCUUGUCUGAAACUGUACGCGUGUAUGAGGUCAGUUUGGUUCAUUCGAGCUUUGCACUAUGGCAGAUGCACUAUUGUUAUUACAACAAUAUGUACAGAGUUGGUAUCAGAUACAUACUGUUUGAUUUUGAGUUCUAUGGAAAAAAGAGAAAAUUAGAUGCAUCCUAUCUCAUAUUUUUAGACACUAUCUUUUGAACUGAGACAAAAAGAAAUGAACUAAGGCUUGUGGUUGAAUUACAAUGAAAGGAAUAAAAUACUAAAACAUUUAACUACUU